AUUAAAAAAAACAUUUCUGCUUGAAACUUGGCGUCAUCUUAAAGUGACGGAUACCGAAACUUAGUCUGUUAUGUUUACAUUCUAAACUUAAUAAGUAAUUUAGUGCUUUUGUGAAAUCCUCAUCUCUUACUUAACGUAAUUAUAAUGUUGUAUUGAUAGCCUGAUAGUAUUUCAAGCUAUUUGAAUAAUAUUUGUUGCUGUGCAUUGUGAUGGAAGUAACCGUGAAAAACAAAUCAAUAAUUCAUUUGAUUGAACGUACAGUGUUGAGUCUUGUACGAGAAUUUAUAUUACACAAAUAAUAUCUGUUGUAAUUUUAGAAAAAAUAUUUUUAGGAGUUUAAUAUUCAGAUCCAAUGGAGAGUACAUCUAGCAAACCAAAAAUGAACGUUCCUAUGAAAUCCAGUAAAAGUAAACAAAAAUAUGUAACUAGGGAUUACAAAGGGAUGUCUAAAGAUGAUUUGAGACAAGAAUUACGGAAAAGAGGAAUUAAAAUAAGUGGGAAGAAAGCAGAUCUGGUAAAGCGAUUAGAAAAAUUUGAUAAAGUGAAGAUGUCUGAAAAUUCAGAUCCUAGUGUAAAAUCGAGGAAGUCUUAUGAAAGUGUUACGUCUAAUGGAGGACUUGAUAGUGUAUUUUCUAUGCAAUAUGAUCCAAGUUCAUUAUCCAGUCAACACAAGCAAUGGAUUGCCGUCAGAGAAGAUCGAAAAAAUUUAGUUUUGUGGAAACAGCCUUUUACUACUCUUCAGUAUUUUAUAAAAGAGUUACUCAUAGAUUUUUAUGAAUAUGGAACCCAAUUUCUCAAACACCAAAAGCUUGUUCUUAUAUGUCUCCUAGCCAUUGCCAUUAGUGUAACAUUCUAUCAUUUUGACGGUCCUCAUCAAAGAGUAAGCAAUUUUAUAUUUUGAUGUGUGC